AUGCCUCAUGUAGUUAGAAAACCAAAACAGUCGAUAUCUCCUAAAUCCAGUUAUUAUCAGAUUGGAGAAAACCGGGAAAAAUCUUUAAGGCGGCUUAAAAUCCAAUCUCAAACUUCCUUUCAGAAAAAAAAAAAAUUACUCAGUAAUUUUAAAACUUUUGAAAUUUGUUUUCGUCUUGAGAACGCGAUAAUGUCAAGUGAAAAAAAGUCAAGUUUUAAUAGAUCGUUGUUUAAUGGUUAA